AUGAAUAUACCAGAGGACCUUUAUGGUGUAAGUAGAAAGUCUUCGAUGAGCCUUAGUCGCCGUAGCUAUGCUGGUGCCGAUGAAAUAGACGAAGACGACAGCGAAAGGGAAAGAAAUGAGAUUUAUGCUCAAAUUGGGCAGACAAAUUUCUUUACAUAUUCGUUGAGCGCCCUAAACCUCCUUCCACAACAUAGGCCAUCAGGAUUCCCAGAACUCAAGCUGAAUUUUUCUGAUAUCAUGUCGGAGCUAUUUUCUGUACAUCUACCUGUUUGGGGCUGUGUUGCAUCGUUCUACAUUGUGCUCUUGGAGCUAUUUGGUGUGCAUUUCGGUAAGUUCUUUAUUACAUUAUAUUACUUUAUUAUUUCUCCUCAAGCUUUAUAUGACUUUUUUUUUUGUUUUGCGCGGCGAUAGUG